CCCAUGACGAGCGCGGAAGUAUUUUUGAUUUACAGGGAAACAAAUUUGCUAAACGCUGCGCUUUACCUACCAGGUGAAAUUAACAACAGGUGGAAAGAUGUCAGAGCCCAGCAAGCAAGAUAUUGCUGCCAUUUUCAAACGGCUACGUUCCCUUUCUACGAAUAAGGCGUGCUUUGACUGUUCGGCUAAGAAUCCUAGUUGGGCCAGUAUCACCUAUGGAGUGUUUCUCUGUAUAGACUGCUCAGGAACACACAGGUCAUUAGGAGUGCACCUGUCAUUCAUCAGGUCUACUGAGCUGGACUCUAACUGGUCCUGGUACCAGCUGCGAUGCAUGCAGGUGGGCGGCAAUGCCAGUGCGAAUGCCUUCUUUGCCCAGCAAGGCUGCACGUCCAAUGCCGCCAACACCAAGUACAACAGCCGAGCCGCUGCGCUCUACCGCGAGAAGAUCAAGACCUCUGCCACGCAGGCCACAAGGCGCUUAGGCACUGAGUUGUGGCUUGACAGCCAGGCCCCCCUCUCUCCAACAUCUCCAGUCAAUAAGGAGGAGGAUUUCUUCAGUAUGCACACGCAGGCAAUCCCUGAUGAUCGUAGCUCCACCCAACCUAAUAUAACAAGCUCUGCCCAGAUGAAUCUAAGCCCCACCCCAGUAGAGGAACCCUCUACAAAAGAAACCGAGAGAGACAAUAAUGGUAAUACAGAGGGUCCCAGUGUUGACGUGCUAAGUAUGUCUCCUAAAGAAGCCUUAGAAUCCUCUUCUCUUCUCAAGAAGAAACCAGCUGGGUCCAAGAAAACAUUGGGCGCUAAGAAAGGUGGUCUUGGGGGUAAGAAGGUGAGCAAACAGAGUUUCUGUGACCUGGAGAAGAAAGCACAGGCGGUAGACAAACUCAAUGAGAGAGAUACAGCACCCACCAUCAAGAACAGCCCCCAACCAGCAGAGGAAUCCAUUGGGGCCUCCAUGAGACUGGCCUAUAAGGAUCUGGAAGCACAGCAGAGGAGUAAUACAGAGAAGAUGAAGGGGAUGGGGGAGAAGAAGAAGGAGCAGGCUGAGAGACUGGGCAUGGGCUUUGGCAGCAGGAGUGGAGUGUCUCACUCUGUGCUGUCAGACAUGCACACUAUCCAGCAGGAGAGCCCAGUGGGGUCCAAGCAGCCCACUAAGAGCCGGAGGUACACAGAGAAGGAGGAAGAGGAGACUGACGAAGGCUCCUUUACAUCCAGGAUGUCAAUGACCAAGUUUGAUGACCCGACAGAAUCCUCUGACAAGUUCUUCUCCAAUUGGAGCGAGACGGGGGAGUCUGGCUGGAGGAAAGAGAGCAGGAAGCCAGAGCCAGACUUCUACCUGAGCACCAAGAGUUCCUCACAGGACGACAGGACCGCAGCCCGGCGGAAAGCAGACCCAGUCCCUGUCUCAGACUCAGGCGACGCCCGCAAGAAGUUUGGGGACGUCAAGGCCAUCUCCUCUGACAUGUACUUUGGCAAGCAGGAUGACUCUGAGUAUGAGGCGAAGACUCGCCUGGAGAGGUUCUCUGAAAGCAACUCCAUCAGCUCAGCUGACCUGUUUGAUGACCCAAAGAAACAGACUGCCAGCUCAUAUCGUCUGACCAACAUGCUGCCCAGUGCUCCAGACAUGUCCCAGCUGAAGCUGGGGGUCCGCUCUGCGGCCGGGAGGCUGUCCGUCAUGGCCAGCGGAGUAGUCACGUCCCUUCAGGACCACUACAGUGCGUGAGUCCAGUGUGUUUACCUGUGUUAUGACACACACACAACCUGUUAGGUCCCCUGGGUAUUGGAGGUGGUGAACAUCCUUACGAGCAAUGGACAAGUUCAGCCGUUCAGAAGAGGGAGAGCGAAUUAGUGACAUUGUGUAGGCCAGAACAUAGGCUAUAGCUAUAUAUGUGUGUGUGUGUGUGUGUGUAUAUAUAGCAGCUAUUUGAAUAAAGGAUGUAUUAUCUACAUUGGAGUUAUGUCGAAACAACAUCCUCUAUGAGGUAGAUGUAUGAAGAACACUUAUUUCCGCAGCAUAUUAUUUAAUCUGUCCAGGCCUUUGGUUUUGAUAUUUACAAAUGUUUAUAUCAAUGGUAUUAAAAAUACAUUUUUGUAAUCAUCCAUUAUGGUUCUAAUUGAGGGUGACUUAGGUUUUGGGUUCCUUCUCCCCUGUGCAAUUGUUAUUGAAUCAUGUCAUCUAGGUCACCUUGGUUUUUAUGUAACUAUUUGCGAUGAAGACAUCAUCUGGUAGCUUGAUAACAUGGAUUUUUCUACAUGCGAUAUGUAAAUAAUUUAGUUAAUUAAUCUGAUGGGCGUUGUUUUAAUUACAUGUCAAAUGCAGGGAGAUGUUGCAAGGUAGGACACAUGUCUUAAAUUUUAGGGUGCCUUCAAACCAAAAUGCCUGUGACGCGUUGUGCGUGUGCAGAUUCACUGAAUGUGUGUUUGGAGGUAUGGUGAAGUGGAGAACAUUUGAGGUGGGAGAAACAUUAUUUUACAUUGGUUGACAGACCUCUAGUCAGGAAUGGGUGCAGCAAAAUGUCCCCAUCUCAUCUGUUGGACAGUAAGUCACUUUUCAUUCACUUCUAUCCACCUGUACACUGUUCUCUGAAAUAAAAGGUGUCUGCUGUG